AUGUCUCGCUUAGUGAAGAAAAAAUCCAGCAUCCACCUUGACCAGACUCCUGCUGAUCCCAUGCAGCGUACGAGAGAAUAUGUGGCCGAACAGUCGGCCCAACUCAACUCACAACCUGCUGCCCCGCAAUUGGUACAAUCAUCUGCCCUGCAACACACACGCUCUCCUGCAUCUCAAUUCGAUCAGCCCACCAACUCAGAAGCCUCCUUCCGCUACUUCCCCGAUCCAUCUGAGGAUCAUCGGAGGAGGUGCUCAACUGAAAACCGCCAUGACCACUCCAGUGACUUAAUGCGUUACUUCGCCCGGCGUGAAUUACUUCAAGCCAGUAUGCUGAAAUUCUCUGACAGACCUAAGGACUAUCGAGCAUGGAGACGUUCCUUUCGCAACUCCAUUGUCGACCUGCGUUUGACACCGAGUGAAGAAAUGGACUUGCUUGUGAAAUGGCUCGGCCCUGCCUCCACUGAGCAUGCCAACCGUUUAAGGACAGCCUACCUUAACCAUCCUGAGAAGGGCCUGCAGGAAAUAUGGAAGCGUUUGGAAAAAUGCUACGGGUCCCCUGAAGCCAUCGAAGACUCACUCUUCGAAAGGAUCCAUAGGUUCCCAAAGGUAACCAAGGACUACGACAGACUGAGGGAGCUAAGCGACCUCCUCACCGAACUCCAAGCAGCUAAGGACGAUGGUGAUCUCCCCGGCCUUGCCCUCCUGGACACUGCUCGGGGUCUCAGGCCUAUUGUGGAGAAGCUUCCGCCUACACUACGAGACCAAUGGACCUCCCAUGGCACGACAUACAAGCGGAAACACCAAGUGCCAUUCCCCCCAUUCUCAGUGUUUACUAAGUUCAUCGAACAACAAGCAGAAGAUAGGAACGACCCCAGCUUUCGUCUUACCACAGAUACUUGGCCCUCGCAAAACAUGGACCGAACAACCACACCACAGCGGAAAGAAAUUUCAGUCCACAAGACUCAGAUUGCAUCAAAAGAUAUCAAAGAGAUAUGCCCCAUCCAUAACCUGCCUCACCCUCUUCGUAGUUGCCGGGCAUUUAGAAGCAAACCCUUUCCAGAGAGACAAGCCUAUCUGAGACAACACAACAUCUGUUUCCGAUGUUGCGCUACCCAUGUCAACAAGGACUGCAGGUUCAAGCCUAAAUGCGCUGAGUGUGGCAGUGAAAGCCACAACACUGCUCUUCACCCUGAACCCGUACCACAAACGACACCCAUCAGAGCCAUGCCAAACCAUGGCGGGGAGAACAACGAUAUUACAGCCCACUGCACACAGGUUUGUGGUAACAACUUAAUCGAAAAAUCUUGUUCAAAAAUUUGCCUGGUGAAGGUGCAUCCACAAGGCCAGAGAAACAAGGCAGUCAGGAUGUAUGCCGUGAUCGACGAACAUAGCAACAAGUCACUUGCUCGUCCAGAGUUCUUCGAGUUGUUCAGUGACCACGGCCCCACAUCUUCUUACUCACUUAGGACUUGCGCUGGAGUCAUAGAAACGUGGGGAACGUAUGCCUCGGGGGACGAUAAACCGUCCACUGUUGACACCUUCUUCACCAGCACCCGAGAAGGAAGCCGCCCAACAAACUUUGAGCCUUGUCCCAACACAUUCCGAGCCAAGGAAAGAUACUGCCGGAAAGGAUUGGGCAGCUCCGUCUUUCAACCGACCAAGGAGGACGACCGACUGGCCUACUCCAUAGAGGACAGAAUCUUCCUUGAUAUCAUGGAAAAAGGUGUGAAAAGGAAUAGUCACCGCAGCUGGGUAGCACCUCUUCCAUUCAAGCCAUACAGACUGCGACUCCCUAAUAACCGACAACAAGCAGUCAGUCGGCUCAACUCGCUAACUCGCCAAUUCAGGAAGAAACCGUAUUUUUUCACAGGACUGUUACUACUCCUUCCCUUUUCUUCUUUUCUCCUUCCUUUCCCUGCCAGAUGCAUGCCCUUCAACCUUUCAAAUAGUUCUUUUUGGUUCGGUACCUGCUUGCAUGCACCCUUACUCGCCGCUCCGCCUUUCUUGAUAACUUUGGUAUGUUUUAUUCCAUUCUCCUUUUGUUUUUUCUUUAUUCGCCUUUCCACCUUCGCCACUACCGUCUGCCUUGCGGCUGCUGGUAGUAAGUUAGCUUACUUCUUUCUUUCUUUCUUUGUUCUCUCUUGCUUCCUUCUCUGUCUCUCGUCUCCCCUUCCUCUUGGUCCCUUUCGUCGCAGCGGACUCAUGUUUUUUGUUCAUUUUUUCUUUCAGAUUUUUUACCUGAUUCACAGAAUAAAAUCUUUCGUUUUCCAAUGA